AUGCAAGCUCUGGGGGGUUUACUCCUUGAGAUUAUGCUCGAGUCGAAGUACUUCCCCGACGACCGCCAAGAUGUCAUUCCUUCGCUGAAGGAGCUGCUGCGUCAGUUGCGCAUCAUGCGGGUGAACAACGGAAUGGCUGUUCGAACAUAUUUCUCAUUGUUGGGUCUCACGAAGAAGCUAGCUUCUACUACCAAGUUUGACAUCACAGAUCUCAUCAACGAAGAUUAG